UCCCGGUGCAGGCAGGAGUUUGUCGACGGCCCAGAGCCGGUCGAAGAAAGAAAGAAAGAAAGAAAGUCGGAAGGAAGAAGAAAGUGGAAAGAGCCCUGUUUCGAUCGGGCUCGCUCCCCUCUUCCUCUUCUUUCGCCUCCUCCCAACUCUUCUCUACUGUGAUCUCUAAGUACUACUAUUCCUAUUCCUACUACUAUUCCUACUACCACCACCACCUUCUCAAUAGCCCGCCCUCCUCUCCUCCAGCAGAGCAGAACAGAGGAGAACAGAGCAGAGCAGAGCAGGUCGGCUAAUUAAUUAAGGUGAAUAAUUGGGAAUUCGGUGUGAUGGUGGCGGGGGCGGAGAGGGGGACGCAGAUGCAGGACCUGCCGGAGCCGGUGGUGGUGCAGGUGCUGUCGCUGGUGCGGGACGUGCGGUCGCGCAACGCCAUGUCGCUGGUGUGCCGGCAGUGGCGGUCCCUGGAGCGGCAGACGCGGCGCUCGCUGGCCCUGCGCGGGCACGCGCGCAGCCCCUGGCUGAUCCCGACCUUCUUCCCCAACGUCGCCCACCUCGACCUCUCCCUGCUCUCGCCCUGGGGCCACGGCCACCCCUCCUUCCAAGCCCAACCCCAACCCCUCGCCCUCGCCUUCCCCAACGUCGCCUCCCUCACCGUCUACGCGCGCGACCCCUCCGCCCUGCGAGCCCUCGCGCCGCUCUGGCCCCGCCUCCGCCGCGCCAAGCUCGUGCGCUGGCACCGCCGCCCCGACCACCCGCCCGGGUCCGACCUGGCCCCGCUGCUCGCCGCCUGCCCGGCCCUCGAAGCCCUCGACCUCUCCGAGUUCUACUGCUGGACCGACGACGUCGCCCCGGCCCUCCUCGCCCACCCCGCCGCCGCCGCCGCCCUCACCCGCCUCGACCUCCUCCUCGCCUCCGCCUCCGACGGCUUCCGCGCCUCCGAGCUCUCCGCCCUCUCCGCCGCCUGCCCCAACCUCCGCCACCUCCGCGCCCCCUGCGUCUUCAACCCCCGCUUCCUCGACUUCGUCGGCGACGCCGCCCUCCUCUCCCUCGCCGCCAACUGCCCCCGCCUCUCCCUCCUCCACCUCCUCGACCCCUCCGCCCGCGACCACGACGCCGACGCCGACGCCGACGACGCCCGGAUCACCCCCGCCGGCCUCGAGGCCCUCUUCGCCGCGCUCCCGGCCCUCGAGGACCUCGCCCUCGACCUCCGCCACAGCGUCCGCGGCGCCGGCCCCGCGCUCGAGGCCCUCGCCCGCAGGUGCCCCCGCAUCCGCGCCCUCCGGCUCGGCCGCUUCCACGGCAUCUGCAACGCCGCCUGGCUCCACCUCGACGGCGUCGCCGUCUGCGGCGCCCUCCAGUCCCUCUGCGUCCAGGACUGCCCCGACCUCACCGACUCCGCCCUCGCCGCCGUCGCCCGCGGCUGCCGCCGCCUCUCCAGCUUCGAGAUCCGCGGCUGCCCCCUCGUCACCGAGGCCGGCCUCAGGAAGCUGGCCGCCGCCCUCCGCUCCACUCUCAAGGAGGUCAGAAUUUCCAGCUGCGCGCUCCUCGACGCCCCCAGGUCGCUCCGCGCGCUCGAUCCGCUCCGCGACCGCAUCGAGCGCCUCCACGUCGACUGCGUCUGGCCCGAUCCCGAUCACGAACCCGAGGUGCCGCCGCCGCACCUUCCCCCGGACGAAGAGGGGGCCCCGGAAGCUGCGAAUGGCGGCUCCGAGGUCGACGAAUUUGAUCCGGAGGAUCAUCGGUCGGCCGGCCGCAAGAAGCGCAGGUGCAGCGAAGAGGGCGGCGACGAAUACGAAUACGAAUUCGAAUUCGAAUUCGAAUUCGAUCACGCCGCGAACGGCGGCGGCGUCGACUGCGCUUAUACUUAUCCGUGGUAUCGGGAAUGGGACCGGCUGCGGUACCUGUCGCUCUGGCUGCCGGCGGGGGAAGUGCUCACCCCGCUCGGGAAUGCGGGGCUCGGCAGCUGCCCCGAGCUGGAGGAGAUAUGCAUAAAGAUCGAAGGCGACUGCCGGUCGUGCGUCAGGCCCGCGGAUCAGGGCUUCGGGCUGAGCUCCCUCGUCCAGUACCCGAAGCUGACCAAAAUGAAGCUGGACUGCGGGGAGGCGAUCGGGUACGCGCUGACCGCGCCCAGCGGCCAGAUGGAUUUGAGCUUGUGGGAGCGGUUCUACCUCCACGGGAUCGGCGGGCUGAACCUCUACGAGCUCGACUACUGGCCCCCGCAGGAUCGGGAGGUGAACCAGAGGAGCCUCUCACUCCCGGCCACGGGGCUGAUACAAGGGUGCACCACCCUGCGCAAGCUCUUCAUUCACGGAACUACGCACGAGCACUUCAUGAGGUUCUUCCUCUUGAUGCCCAACUUGCGGGACGUGCAGCUGCGGGAGGACUACUACCCCGCGCCGGAGAACGACAUGAGCACCGAGAUGAGGGUCGAUUCGUGUAGCCGCUUCGAGGAGGCGUUGAACAGCCGAAGGAUUCCUGAUUAGGUAAAAUUGCGUGAAACUAGUCCAGUAAUUUUACAAUAGCUGCUGGAGAUGCUAAUGAUGUCCGAGAUAUAUAUAUAUAGGUAUAUCUACAUGUUUGUAUAAGAGAACAAACACUACUUUUGAGUUCUUGUUGUGCCUUUUUCUCGAGUAAUAAAAAGGGUUGGAACGUGAUGCUUCGCUGCAUAUCUGAACUAUUA